CUCUUCUCAACUUGUCACACGACACUAGCACAACUGAGUUCUUGGCUCGUUCUCUCUCCUCUCCUCAGCUCCCCUUCUUCCAUCUCUCUUCUAUUCCUGUUCUCUCUCAUCUCUGAGAGAGAAAGAGAGAGAGAGAGAUCAUGUCGAUGAGCUUCUUGAGCAUGGUGGAGGCGGAGCUGCCACCGGGGUUCCGGUUCCACCCCAGGGACGACGAGCUCAUCUGCGACUACCUCGCGCCCAAGCUCGGAGGCAAGGUCGGCACCUCCGGCUGCCGGCCGCCCAUGGUCGACGUCGAUCUCAACAAGGUUGAGCCAUGGGACCUCCCCGCGGCGGCGUCAGUGAGGCCCAGGGAGUGGUACUUCUUCAGCCUGAAGGACCGGAAGUACGCGACGGGGCAACGCACGAACCGAGCGACGGUGUCCGGUUACUGGAAGGCCACCGGCAAGGACCGGGCGGUGGCGCGGCGAGGAGCGCUGGUGGGGAUGAGGAAGACGCUGGUGUUCUACCAGGGAAGGGCCCCCAAGGGGAGGAAGACGGAGUGGGUGAUGCAUGAGUACAGGAUGGAGGGUGCGCAUGAGCAAUCCUCCAACUUCUCCUCCAAGGAGGAAGAUUGGGUGCUGUGCAGAGUCAUCUGCAAGAAAAAAUCAGCAGGAGGAGGUGCCACAUCCAAGCCAGCAAGAAGCCUCACCACCAAAGGCCGUGACACUGCAACAACAACCACCUCGCCACCACUGCCACCCCUCAUGGACACUACCCUAGCACAGCUCCAGGCUGCCAUGAACACCACAGACACCGCCUGCUCCGGCGCCGGUGCAAUCGAGCAGGUGCCCUGCUUCUCCAGCUUCAACAAUAUUGCCAGCAACAUAUACAGUGCUCAGCCAUUCUACCUGCCCAUGGUCACAGGCAGCAAUGGCAUGAGCUACCUGGACCAUGGCCUGCCUGCACUGGGCAGCUGCUUUGAUCCUCUGAACUCUGACAAGAAGUUGCUCAAGGCAGUUCUGAGCCAAUUUGGGGGUGAGGUGGUGCCAAGCCUGCCCCCUGAGAUGGCUGCUGCUACUGCGAGCUCUACUUGGAUGAAUCAUUUCUAGGGAAAUUAAUUCAGGCAGCAUAAGAUAUUGGUGAUUGCGUAUGAACUAUAUAUAUAUUUAUUGUGUGGUACAAUAUUUAAGUGUGAGUAGUCGAGCAUGCGACGUUUUUUCUGUUGGUUUCCAUAUGGAACGAGGAAAUUAGGAGUACAACUAUGUAAUGAUUGUUGAAGUAGUAGAUUUCAGCUCGGUUAUUUUGCUC